AUGUUCAGUAGAAUUAACAAAAGAUUUUUACAUCAUUCCAUAACAUGUCAUUCUGAUUUUUCACAUAUAGUAAUAGGAGGAGGAAUAGUAGGUAUAUCAACAGCAUCAGAAUUACAAAACGUGAAAGGAAAUAAUGUACUAUUAGUUGAAAAAAAUCAUAAAUUAGGUGAAGAAACAACUUCUAGAAAUUCUGAAGUUAUUCAUGCUGGUUUAUAUUAUCCUCCAAAUAGUUUAAAAGCUAAACUUUGUAUAAAGGGAAAAAAUAAAAUUUAUGAUGCUUGGAACAAGGGGAAAUUUCAAAUUGAUUUACAAAAGUGUGGGAAAUGGAUUGUUGCUCAAGAUGAAAUUGAGGAAGAAUAUUUAAAUAAUUUGCAAAAAAAUGCUGAUGAAUUGGAAGUACCUGUUGAAUUUAUUAGUACGAAAAGAGCCAAAAGUAUACAUCCAUUAAUUAAAGCAAAUAAAGCAAUAUUGGAAAGUCCAACAACUGGUAUUAUUUCAGCUCAUGAUUAUGUAUUAUUUCAUGAAGGAAGAUUUGAAAAUAAUGGAGGUACUUUAGGAUUAAGUAGUAAAGUUAAAGAUAUAUCAUAUAAUAAGGGGAAUUUAAAUUAUUCAGUAAUGAUUGAAUCAGAUGGUGAAAUUAUGGAAAUGACAACUGAUAAUAUUAUAAAUUCAGCAGGAUUAUAUGCAGCAGAAAUUGCAAAUAUGAUACUACCUAAAGAAAAACAAUACGACUAUUAUUUUGCAAAGGGAAAUUAUUUUAGUUUUACACCUGAAAUUCCAUUGGGUAAAAUAACAAAUAAAUUAAUAUAUCCAUGUCCUAAUCCAAAUGCUGCAUCUUUAGGAACUCAUUUAACAUUUGAUUUAGGAGGACAAUUAAGAUUUGGACCAGAUUUAGAAUGGUUAAAUGUCACCAGAGCUGAUGAUAUAGAUUAUACUCCAAAUCCUCAAAAUUUAAAACUGGCUUAUGAAGCUGUUAAAAAAUAUUUCCCUGCUAUAACUCAAAACUCUUUACAUCCUUCUUAUUCAGGUAUACGUCCAAAAAUAUUAUCACCUGAAGAAAAUAAAAAACAAUUUGCUGAUUUUAUAAUAAAAGAAGAAGAAAAUUUACCAGGUUUUAUUAAUCUCUUGGGGAUUGAAAGUCCAGGAUUAACUGCUUCAUGGGCAAUAGCCGAUUACGUUAAAGAUCUAUAUUAUAAAUAA